ACACCUUCUUCAACAAGUCACAAAUAUUAUUAUUUUCCAUUUUCUAUAUUCAAUACAACCCAUUUUAUGGGACUACACAGAUUUUCUUUAUUUUUCUAUUCAAACCAACCUAUUCAUCAAUUAAUUUUUUAAUAAUAAAUAUUUCAAAGUGUCACCACCAUUUUUUCUUCAAUCUCUGUCCCUUUACGUAUUUCAAAGUACUUACUAGAAUAAUUUUCACCCUUUACAUUUAUUCCAAAAUUGUGACUUAUAUAAGACUUGUCAAGUGCUCAUUUUUCAAGACUUAAAAUCAGUUGCUAUCUUUGCUUAUAGAGAAUCAUAAAAGAAGAAUGCAAAUGGUAACAAUAAGACAAAUGGAUUAUGAAUCUAAAGAAGUUGAUGCUACUACAUUAAGAACAAUGAGCUUCAAGAGUGAAAGAAAUAUAGAUGAAUUAUAUAAUCAACAAGGGUUAGAUGAAGAAGCUAUAGUUGAAGAAUCAACAUGUUCAAAGAGAAGGAAAAUUGGGAAUUUGAAACUUCAAACUACAUUCUCAUUCAAAUAUUUAGUUACAAAUAACUCUGAUUCAAAACAAGGUUUUGUUGAUGAUGUUUUCAAUAAACAAAGUCCUUCAAUUUUGUUAGAUAAACCUGAAAUUUGGUUUUCACCAAAAUCCAUUGGAGAGCUUGAUGUUGCAGCAAUAAAGCUUCAAAAAGUUUACAAAAGUUAUAGAACUAGAAGAAAUUUGGCUGAUUGUGCAGUUGUUUGUGAGGAGCUAUGGUGGAAGGCCUUAGAUUUUGCUUCUCUAAGUAGGUGCUCAAUAUCACAUUUUGAUUCAGUUAAGUCAGAAACAGCUCUUUCAAAAUGGGCUAGAGCUAGGACUAUGGCUGCUAAGGUGGGAAAAGGAUUGUGCAAAGAUGAUAAAGCACAAAAAUUAGCUCUUAGACAUUGGCUUGAAGCUAUAGAUCCUCGUCAUCGAUAUGGACACAACUUACACUUGUAUUAUAAUGUUUGGUUUCAUAGCCAGAGCACACAACCUUUUUUCUACUGGUUGGAUGUUGGAGAUGGAAAAGAAGUAAAUCUUGAUAAGUGUCCAAGAAAUGAAUUACAGAAGCAGUGUAUAAAGUACCUUGGACCUAAAGAAAGGGAAGUAUAUGAAGUGGUUAUAGAAGAAGGAAGGUUUGUUUUUAAAAAAAGCAAGAACCAUGUACACACUUUUGAGGGAUCUAAGUGGAUUUUUGUUCUUAGCUCAUCAAGAAUUUUGUAUGUUGGUGAGAAAAAGAAAGGGCAAUUUCAACACUCAAGUUUUCUAGCUGGAGGUGCUACUAUUGCAUCUGGAAGAUUAGUUGUCCAAAAUGGUGUUCUUAAUGCUAUAUGGCCCUAUAGUGGACAUUAUCGUCCUACAAAGAAGAAUUUCAUGGAAUUCAUAGGCUUCUUGAUGGAACACAAUGUGGACUUAACAAAUGUAAAGAAGUAUCCAAUUGAUGAUGAUGUCCCACCUUCAGAACAUGUUGACAAGGAGCUUCAAUUUGAGUCCACAAAUACUACUAAUGCAAAUUCAAGUGACUCUACCAAAACAUGCAACCAAAAUAAUGUGACAACUUCACAACAUAAAGAGUGCAAAUCAUUGUCAAGCAAAUGGACCACUGGAGCUGGUCCUAGAAUUGGUUGUGUGAGGGAGUACCCUACAAAACUUCAAGCUAAGGCACUUGAACAACUCAAUUUAUCACCAAGAGUUAACAUUGGAAAAGUUGCUAAUAGGACUCCCAUUCCUUCACCAAGACCUAGUCUAAAAAUCCACUUGUCUCCUAGACUUGUGCAUAUGGGAAUUCCAAGUCCAAGAGUACAUAUUACUCCCGCUAAUUAGGACAUGUUUCGUCCAUUUUUAAAUUGACGGAAAAUUUGGCAAAAUUAUAGUGUUUUACCGUAAUUUUGACAAAGUUAUGGUGACUCUGUAAUACUUUGUUGAACUUAUAAUCAGUCCGAACAUGUAGGCAGUAUUAGAAAAUGUUUUUUAUAUUCAUUUUCUGAUAUUACCAUGCCUUUUAAUU